UCGCUUUUCGUUGCUCUCCCUUGUUGCGAAUUUUUCUUCGCUCCGUUUUUCUUUUUUCUUUUUUCUUGCUGAUUCGUUGCUUGUUCAUCCCCAUCGCACAACUUGCUGGAAAAGCAUUGUGUUAAUUCCUGCCCAGUCUUCUCCCGGGUUUGUGUUUUCAUAUUUUGAGGGCAAAGGAUUCUCUUCUCUUCCACCCUUUGCAAUCUCUGCUCAGCAGAGCGACGGAUUCCACUCGGACAUUGCGAGCGCGAUGGCUUGGAUGACGAAGGCAAUGCUGCCAUCCUGACGUUGUAGGAUUGGGAAUUGGUUUCAGGAUCAAUUGAUUGAUUCAAUCACGGCGGGGUCUUGAUUUGGUGGGCGGAGUGGAGCUGUGGGAGCUUGCUACUUCGUCAAGAUGGACGAGGGCAGCGGCUCUGUGGACAUGAGCGGAUUUGACUACGCCUCUCACAAGACUUUUGAUGAACGGUAUAAGAGAUCGGCGGAAGGGCGUGCGACGCUGCAGAAGUUUAUCGCGUUGCAGGCUCUAUUGCAGAUCUUGAAAACCAUAUGGGUGUGUUUAGGAGCACUCAGGGGACACUCUCUCAAUUACGAGCUGGUCGCUUCUUGUGUCUUUGGUGGAGCAGCUGUGAUCCUGGGAACAUUAGGGUUGAAAGGAAACUCCAAAUUGCUCCGGGUCUACAUCUUGUUAACAGUCAUCGCUGUUGGGCUUUCUGUACUCCCUUUCGUACCAGGUCAACCUAUUGGAAAGACAAGAACUUCUGCAAUGCUUGGUUAUGGAUUCAUGGGUGCUGUUACUCUUUUAGAAUUGUCCUUAUUACUCAUCAGCCGUUUCAUGUUUGGAACUUUAUACACCUUGUUAAUUAAUAUUGCGGAGGAGAAGUAUCCUGCUGCUUUGAGGUUGGCUGGAAAGUAUGCGCUAGAUGCCGAAGAAGUGUACAAUGCCCGUUGGGCCAUCUCCAGUUUUUUACGUGAGAUUACUGAGGGGAAUUAUGCUGCUGCUUUGAGGUUGGCUGACAAGUAUGCGCUGGAUACUGACGAGGUUUACAAAACUCGCUGGGUUCUGUCCGAUUAUGGGCGGGAGGCGAUCCAAGAGAAUCUUGCUAAAUUGCAUGAUCGAAAGUGGGUUGUGAAUGAAUGUCGGACUAGAGUGUGUCAAACUCAGGAAGCCAUGGAUGCCCUACUUUUGUAUGGUCUUGUGGAGACUGAACCUUACAGGCACGAGGAAGAAGGUGACAAUGAUGUCGAUUCUACUUGGUGGUUCCGCUAUGAAAGACUCCGCCUCUUACAACGUAAAGACAGGCUGGAGACAUUUUUGGGCAUGUAUAGCGGCAGAUAUUUUCCAAAAGAGUAUGCCUAUUUUUGCUCCGCGAGCUUACAACGCCUCGCAUGUGAAUAUGCUGAAGGGGGAAGAAUAGGACCUUUGAGUGUGCUUUUCAAGCGUCACGUAUACUCUUUAGCUCCAGCUGUGCUGAAUAUUUUAGAUGCACUUCCUGAGACUCUUCCACCGCACAGUUAUUCAUCACUUUUACCUGAAGUCACGCCUCCACGGGCUUUCCUCGUUCGUGAAGAUCGUGACUGGGUGGAGAGUAUGAAUACCGUUGCUAGACUGAACUCUGUCAGGGAUACACUGGGUCAAAUGGUGGAUGACGUGAAAUUAUUGGAAAGCACAGAGCAUAUUGUAAACUUGACACUCGGUCUUUCAUGGCCUACAGAGGUGGAAAUUACAGAAUGGUACAAAAAUCGAGCACGAACAAUUGAUAGGAUAAGCGGACAGCUGGAGAAUAGUUUGUCCUUAUUGGACUGGGGUCAACGUAAAGGAGUUACAGGGUUAGACUCAUUGUUUGAGGAUGUGUCGGACCUGAUUAAGGUUGUUUUGACUAGUGACAAAUCUGAAGAUUCAACAUUGGUUUUGGACCUAGAAGAGUGGGAAUCUCUGGAUGAAUACAAGAAGUUCCAGGUGAUGCUGGAAGGUGCUCAAACCGACACUAUAAUGGACAGGCUCAGAGAGCAGGCUAUUCCCUUUUUGCAUCGGCGUCACCACCAAUUAUCUUCAUCUUUACCAUCCAAUGAGUCUUCUACUACAGUGUCCUCCGUUUUGGCUACUUGGUUGGGAGAGAUAGCACAGCAGAAUAGGCUUGAGCUUUGUGCUGCUGUAUUUGAGGAAGCUUCAAGCGGUUCGAAUGGAAAUGGCCUAUUUGUAAACGAAUCAGACAUGGUAGGAGUGGCAUUGAGCUGUAUCUAUUUGUGUCCGGCUGUGGAUCAGUGGCUGUUAAUGAAGACCAUUUUAGCCAAGCUUGGUCACAGCUUAGACUCCCCAGGUAAGGGUGGUGGUGGUGGUGGUCACUUCCAGGAUUCUCCCCGGAGAGUGGGUCUGAGGAAGGGAUUAGUAAGUCGUUUUCGCAGUUCUGUUAGCAGUAAACCACCACCUGAUAUGGAGACUGAAGGUGGCAGUCAUAGAGCUAGUUUAAAUCUCGGUGAUGUGAGACUUCGACAAGCCGAGGCAUUAGUGGACGCUGGCCAACUUUUGUUUCAGUACGAGGUUGAAACAACAAUGAAAUUUCUGAUGAACUGCGAAGAGAAUGUUAAUGGAGCCAAGCAGCUAUUAGAGACUCUGCUGCGGAAAUUUUCAAGUCGAAAUCCACCAAGAUCGGACAGUGAAUGGAUGGUUUUAUGGCGUGAUCUGUGUACACUACAGGAUAAAGUCUUUCCUUUUUUGGAGAAGGAUUAUUUGCUAGCUGAGUUGUGCAAGGGUUCGAUGCAAGCUGGAAAAUUUUCUUUGGCCAAGAACUAUUUGACGGGUACCGGAAACAUGUCAUUGCAUCCUGACAAGGCAGAAUUAGUUGUGUUGGAUACUGCCCGUGACUUCUUCUACUCAGCACCGUCCUUAGAAUCACCAGCUAUUGAGAUGGCAAGGAAUUGUCUCGCUCUCCUUCCAAGGAACCAGGCAGUGACAAUGGAAGAAAAUACAAUCGAAGCCGUUACCGUGAAAUUGCCGAUGCUAGGAGUCUCACUCUUGCCACUGGAGUUCCAGCAAGUGCAGGACAAAAUGGAUGUGUUGCGAAUGGCUUUAUCAGCACGUCCGGAUGCGUACCUCAAUCUUCCCGAGCUUAUGGAAGUGGCAAUGCUUCUUGGGCUGAAUUCUCCUCGUGAUAUUGCAAGAGUUGAAGCUGCCAUUGCCCGAGAAGCAGCUGGAGAAGGGGACUUUGCCCUUGCCCAAGAUCUCUGUCUAGGUCUUGUGAAAAAGGACCACGGCGAAAUUUGGGAUUUGUGUGCUGCUCUCGCUCGAGGUUCUCAAACAGAGAGUAUGGAUUUCAAAUCACGUGCACAAUUGAUGGGAUUUGCUCUUUCCCAUUGUGAUGCAGAGUCAAUAGGACAGCUACUGGCAGAGUGGAAGGACGAAAGCAUGCUCCAGGAAUGUCGCAUGUUAGGUCUCUCUCCAGCAGCUGGGAUGGAUCCAGAAGGAACAUCAAGUCUUGAAGCUCUUUCUAGCAUUAUUGUAUCUGAUGAACAGAGUCCUGAUAUAUUCAGACCAGAGCAUAGAAAAAAUGCAAGCGUUACUUGUAUUCAGUUCCCUGGGCUUUUGGAGCUAAGCUCAAAUGACAACUCAAGAGAGGCUGAAAGUAAUGCCGACAUUUGCCACGAGUUGGCAAGAGAGUGUAGCAAGCCGAGUGCAAUUGCCACUGGUCUUUUAGUUCAUGAUUUAGCUAGUCAUGGCCUCGUCUGGAGCGACCACCUUGUUGUAAAACUGGCUCAAGAAGCACUUAGUUCACGCAGCAACUACAAUGAUAAAGUUGGUUGCGGUUAUUUGAUGAACGUGAAAGAUGCUCACAUGGGUGCAGAGGUCUUGGAGCAAGAGGUGAGCAAACGCCAUCUAUACGAGGAAACUGUGCAAGUUAUGCACUUGGCCCGGUUGUAUGCUGCUGUGCAGGACGCAAGCUUAAGCUCAAGCCUAUUCUCUGAAAGGAGGGAGAUUUUGCUUUCAUCCCUUUCUUCCUUAACAGAAUCUGACAAGCAAGGAACUGAAUCAUCUCGGUGGACGAAUCGGAGGGUGAGAACGGAAGAAAAGCUGAAAGAGAUGGGUCAAGUGAGGACACUUGAAAGAAUGAUACCAGAUGCUGACGUUGCACGUUUCUUUCAAGGAGAUCAUGAAUAUAUUACUUCCAAGGUUCUUGAAUUAGUGGGCCCAAAUGCAAAGAAGAUCAACCUAACUGAUGUUUUGGCACUUGCUGAACAAUAUAGAGUUGAUAGAUGGCAGGUGCUAAUCCAUCAGUUGGAAUCACUGUUCUGGUCUGAAUUGGUUACCGAGGAUGAGGUCACACUGUUUUGGCGACAAUACGGGCGGCAACUUUUGGAACGGCCAGAAGCUGUUCUUGAUGAACUCAUUCCUGUGUACGCGGAUUUAGAUGGUGUGAAUAAGAAGCGUUUGUGUCAAUAUUUUCAAGUACUUGCUGAUUGUGCCAGUGUACUUGAGAAUGAAAGCGAGUACAAGAGGAAGAGCAAUUACUGGGGUGUAGCUGCAAAGGAGUCACUUGAGGCAUCAAGAGUAGCUGCAUAUCUGGAUUUCAAGCUUAUUGUUGGAUUGGAAUCUGUUCACUCUCACGCGUUGCUAGAAGUAGCACACCACGUGGAUUCGUCAAAUGUUGACCAUUUAGCUUCUAUCAUAAGCCACCUACAUGAAUUUGCAGCGGGCGACCAGUUCCCUACUUCCAAUGCUGUAUAUAUGGCUUUUGUUGAGAAGGUAUUAGGUAGUGAUUUGGUCAACUCCGAGAAAGAGGCGGCAUCUAUCAAGCAAGUGGAGAUCUUCGAGAAUAUUUUGGAAAGAUACAAUGACUGCUGUGUCUAUUGUCACCUAUUGUCUCCGGAGGAUCUGCUCAGAUUUGUUAAUAUCGUUCUGCGGAAGAGUAUCUCAAAGUGGAAUGGUGUUUAUACAGAGGGUGGCCAACAUGCUGCGGCUAUCAUGCUGCGAUUGUGGACCAAAGUUUUUGGAGAUGCAGAACGGUCGCUUGGGUCGAGGUUGCAGGAUAAUGAAGAGGAUGUUUUCUUGCAACAACUGAACGCAGCACACACUUGCUGCAGGACGUUUCAGGAUACUUUGGACCAGAAAAUAAUCAGUGGACGGCAAAGUUGGGAAGUUGAAAAUGGUAUCGUGAGAGAGGCACACUUAUCCGACUUCGCUGGAGAACCUCUGUCCUUAAUCUUUGACUCUUCAGCACAUUUUACAGGGGUGAAAACUCUCGAUGCUUGUAUGAAGUUUUUAAGCCAAAUGGUUUCAGCUGGUUGUUCUUUGAGAGCUGUGUUGGAAGUCGUGAAGUCUCUGGCGGCAGCAAACCAUGUCGGUAGUGUUAAGGAUGAUGACCAGAUUCUGGCAGACUCUCAAGAUUUGCAGCAAUUCAUAACCAGAAUCUACUCGCUCAUAGUUGACUCAUCUUUGGAGACCAAUGAGUCGAGUCUGUUUAAAAAAGACGAUAGUACUAACAAGGAGAAUUUAUUAGGUGCCUUGACCUCACUAUGUUCCUAUGGUGAUGAAAGAGAUUUUGAGGCCGAGGAUACACCAUCGCUAAACCUCCUGUCUGAGACCAGGCAGCUCGUGUGGCAACGGCUGAGGGUUUAUGCUCACGAUGACCAAGUUCCAACAAAUAAGCGCAUCUCUAUAUUGGAGCUCCAAGAAGCCUUCAGCAUGGGGAAAUUGGAUGGACGAGAUGGGCUUCCUCUGUCUUGGGGUGAUUGGGAUAUAUCGUCCAAUGAUCAAGUUGGAGGAACCAGAACAGCUGAUGUAUUUCAGUCUCAAAAUAGCCUUGUGGCCUUGAAAUCUACUGAGGUAGUUCGUCGCCUCUGGCCGGAAAGACAAAUAUCCAGUGAAGACCUUGCCACAGUAGAUUCGGCCACUACAUUGUUCACAGAUCUACUAGCAGAUGCAUCGACGCGUGAACAUCUGCUGAAUUUGAGUUCUCUUUUGAAGGAAUGGGAUCCUAUAUUUGAAGCUGAAACAAGCAAGGAACAAUCUGAGGUGUCUGAAGAAUCAGGGUGGGGAGUUGAUGAAGGUUGGGAAGAAUUUGACGAUGAAUUGAAGAUUCAUGCAUUGCACUUAUGUUGGAAGAAUCUUUUGCUAAAAAUGGUGGCUGCCGGAUGCUUAACAAAUGUGUUACAUAUACUGGAUGGAGCGUUGGUACAUUCCUCUAUUGCUAUCCUAACUGAAGCUGAAGGUGAUGAGCUGGUUACAAGCAUUAAAUCUCAUAACAAAUCAUCUGCGCUCAAAGUUUCUCUUCUCCUCCCCUAUAGCUCCCUCCGAAUGACCAUGCUAGCUCUUGUGGAAGAUGAGCUGAGGGACAACUCUCAAACGGAUAUGCUAGAUUCCUUUGAAGGUGGACUUCAGGGAGAACCUGCUGGGCAGAAGACCGCACUGACAUCUAGCGUGGACGAAGAACUGGUUGGACUCCUACUCUCUGCAGACAUUUUGCCCACAGUGGCUGAUAAUUCUAGUUUUCCUAGGCUCUUUGCUGCUGUAUGUCGGGCUCUUGGACGUCUGGCAGGCGAACUGCAGAUUCGUCAAUUAGAAGAGCUAGAAGGAUCUAGCGUCUCUGCCAAAGACGGCCCCCUCCUCCUCAUUGCUUUCCCUUUAUUCGUUGCGGAGCUUACUCGUGCUAAGUUUUAUUCCGCUGCUGGUGCCCUGGUACUGCAAUUCAUGCGUGUGCCACCCUCCCUGGCUGUCUGGAGUGCUGCAUACACAGCUCUCAAACGCUAUUUGGAGGUCCUGUGCGAAUUUGAGAUGGAUGCAGAAUGGUGUAUGGAGGGCAGUCGGAGGAGUUCGAACUUGCCAGUAACGAUGCAUCACCUUGCUAAUCGAAUGAAAGAUAUUCCACGGGCAGGAUUGGCUGUGCUCACCAAGGACAUGAAGCCUCUUGAGUCUACCGGAUACUAACAACAGACUCGACAAGUUUCUGAAUUUUUAGACUAAAUUUUGGGGUCCCAGUGAGCAAGUAUCUGAACUUUAGAGUACGAAUCAUUACUAGUGGGUAGUGGGUGUGGAGAAACAUGUUUAGAUUAUCCAUCUGUAAGCAACCACUUGUAAAUCAGAAUUCUAACACACCCAAUCCUAAACAAGUUUGUAAACAAUACAAUUUACUAUGUGCUUGCUUUACAACCCA